CAAAAACCUCAGCUCACCUCAGCUCACCAAUCAUUACUCAUAUAGCAGCUACCUAGAUUCUGCAGUUUCCAACUUUGCAGAAGAGUGAGAAACUAUUGGUUCUAGAUAAGAGUGCAUUUUCAGAGUAAAGUGAGGCAUGCGAUAGAUAUCAAGCACCAUCAUACUCAAUCAUUAUUAAGGUGAUAGACAAUGCAAAAAAUGGAGAAUGAGUGGAGCUGGGAGCAGAACACUCUCAUCAAUGAGCUCAUUCAGGGGAUGGAGGUAGCAAGAAGGUUGAAGGAAGACUUGAAGACACCAUAUUCUGUUAACACAAGGGAUUUGCAGGUGCAGAGGAUAUUAUCUUCUUACGAAAAGGCUCUACAGAUUCUAAGAUGGAAUGAAUCAACUUCCAAGUUGCAGACCACGAAUGGAGCAACAACUUUGUUAUCAGAGUCUCCUCCAUUGUCUGCCAAUGGAAGUCCUAUGAGGGAAGAGAUUGAUUGGGCUAUCCAAGAUCACCAGGAGGCUAAACGUGAUUCAAAGAAAAGAAAGACUAUGCCCAAAUGGAUAGAUCAAAUCAGAGUGGUCUCUGAGAAUGGCCUCGAAGGACCUCAUGAUGAUGGUUACAACUGGAGAAAAUAUGGUCAAAAAGACAUCCUUGGUGCCAAAUAUCCAAGAAGUUACUAUAGGUGCACCUUCCGCAACACACAGAACUGCUGGGCCACGAAGCAAGUGCAGAGAUCGGAUGAAGAUCCCACAAUAUUUGACAUAACAUACAGAGGAAAGCAUACCUGUUCUCAGGGAAACGAGGCCGUUCAGCCACACAACUCACCAGAAAAACAACAGAAACUAAACAGUCAUAAUAAUGAUAGUCACCAUGCAAAGCAAACAAAUGAAAGCCUUACAAAGUUGAGAAACACCUUGACUGUCAGAACAGAUCAUUUGGGAAAUCAAGAAAUGUCAUGUCCUUUCACUUUCCCUUCCACUUCCUUUGGAUGCAUGGCACAAGAAAACUACAGCUUGAUUCCUUCGGCCUUAGAGAACGAUUCCUUCCUGAGCAGCCUUUACCAGACACAACUAUUAUCUACGACAGGAGCAGAAUCAAACUAUUUCUCAUCUCCAACUUUCCAGCUGAACGAGUUUGACGGGGUCUACAACCAGCCACGUUCUGAAUCUGAUAUUACUGAGAUCAUUUCCACCAACACAUCAGCCACCAAUUCUCCAAUUCUGGAUUUCAAUUUCUCACUUGAUCAAGUGGAACUUGAUCCGAAUUUCCCCUUCAACACUCCAGGGUUUUUCUCAUAAUUGUACUCUAGAAUAAAAGGAAUAUUAUGAACAAUAACCAAACCCUAUUCCCCACUAGAUAAGACUAAGUAAAGCAAUACCAUAAUGUCUUAUCAUGUAUCAUUCUGAAUAAUAUAAGUUGGACUAAAAUAGGACAACUUCAGACACAGUAGCAGAACUGCAGGACAAUGUAUCGGCCAUGGUAGGACUUACAAAUGUCCUUCUAGUUAAUAUUAGAAUUACAAUUUUGGCAAA